AUGUUUGAUAUUUUAACCCCAGCUCUGUUAUUCACAUCACUAUUGACAUGGCUUCCCAUCUGCACUCAAGCCCAUAUGCAGAUGAGCUCGCCUUACCCUAUUCGAAGUCCUCUUGAUCCUGAUCUUCCAUGGUACGAGAAAGAUUAUGAUAUGACCUCCCCUUUGUUUAGCGAUGGCUCCAACUUUGCGUGCAAACACUACCAGCUGGACGAUGAUUCUUAUGGCAUCAAAGCGACAUAUGUCGCAGGUGGCACAUAUCAGAUGUCCGUGGCAGGAACCGCAUCUCACAUGGGGGGAUCUUGUCAGCUAUCUCUCUCGUACGACAACGGACACAGUUUCAAAGUCAUCAAGUCCAUUAUCGGAGGCUGUCCUCUGUCUAACUCAUAUAGCUUCACCAUCCCCAGUAAUGCUCCCUCCUCGGAAACGGUUCUAUUCUCCUGGUCCUGGUUCAACAUCGUUGGUAACAGGGAGAUGUAUCAAAAUUGCGCUCGCGUCAAGGUCAUCAACAACCCGAGCCAGAGAUACAAGCGCGACAUGAGCUGGAAGCGACAAUAUUCUCCUCUCACCCAACUACCCGACAUGUUUGUGUGCAAUGUGGGCAACGGAUGUACCACCAUUGAACAACGAGAAGUCGUAUUCCCAGAUCCUGGAGACGAUGUAUCGUAUGGCACCGAUUCGAUCACCCCAGAUCCCGGCCCAGGCUUCGUCAUCGAUGAUUCAGGAGCAAGCAGUAGCACCACCGACGGCAGUACUACAAGUGUCCCUUCGGUGACGAGCGAAGUUGUCGACCCAAGCACAACUACAACCCACGUCGACUACUCUGAGCGAGUCAAUCUCAACAACACUGCCGGAUUUGGAGCCCACAUCGACCUCAAGCGAGUCGCUUUCUACUACACUACCAGAUCUGGACCCCACUUCCACCUCAAGCGAGUCGCUUUCUACUACACUGCCGGAUCUGGAGCCCACCACCACCUCAAGUGA